AUGGAUGGUCUACAUCAGUUAAAUUUCGGUGAAUCGUCCAAUGUUAGAAUGGUUAUCUUUGGCAGAAAUGUGAGCAUUCACUAUCCCGACCAGUCCGAUUCGGGAAGAGCCAGCUUGAUUCAAUUGGUGAUUGAUCAGUUCCGCGUACCGACAAAACCGAGAAUAAAACUGAUUGUCAUGGCUGCGUCAACCCUCGAGGACCCCGAUCGAGUAGUGUUUUCUAAUGAUAUCCAACGUGUUGAACUUAACAUAGCCGCAUCCGCUGUUCGAGUGCUAAUUGAGCACACGGCAAAUGGUGACAGUAUGACCAUUCUGGAUAGCCCUAUCCAAUUGAGCAUCAGGUACGGAUGUGUCACAACCAUUGCAAAGCACACGAUUGAGCGUGCAGCUGUGCACAGUUCUGCUUGUUUAUCAACGGCAUGGACAGGAUCAGAAUGGCUUGGACAAGUUCCUUGUCUGCCAACCGCGCAUGGUCAAAUCAUCCAGACACAAUGUUUAUUUAAGUCACAACUCUGUGACGGAAGAGGCGACUGUCCAACAAGAGAGGAUGAAUCCGAUUUGGUAUGUGUGCCGCAUCUCCACCCUUCAACCAGAGAACAUCUCUAUAGACUUUCUUCCCGAUUGGGAUUGCUGUCCUCGGAGGACCCUGAUUCAUGCGGACAGAAUACAUAUCAUUGUGCCCCCGUGGAGCAUUCAACAACCAGACCAACAGUCUGCAUCCCCACUGCGUCGAUUUGUGACGGUCUGUUUGACUGUCCACUGGGAGACGACGAGACAGAUGCACAAUGUGUUACAAUGACGGGUUCUCUAGAAAGCAACAAUACUUCAUGUCCGACACUGGAAUACCCAUGUCCAGAGGAUGACAUAUGUUUACCUAUGCCAUUGGUUUGCGACGGCCGCCUCGAUUGUUCUAGAGGAAUGGAUGAAUCUGAUCGGGCUUGUCAGUGGCGAGCACGUACCAUUUUCUCAAUGAUAAAAGACAACAACCGAGAGCAUCUGCAAGCAGUACCAGACCGAAAUAAGACAGUACCGAAUGAAGCCGAAGCUCCACUAAAGACAGAUACAAUAGUGAUCGACAAAAACAUAACAGAAGAAAAACAUGCAACAGGGGGUUCUAUCGAUGAAUUAAGUCCUUCUGUCACAGAGUUAACAUCACCUUCGAGCAUCGUUUCAGCAGACCCGAGGACAACUCUUAUCCCUAUACAAUAUACAACACAAAGCUCAACAGACACUUGGGCUGAUACCACACAACAGGCGGCUAUUACAGAGCUACCAGUUACAUAUGCUACCCAAGAAUCUAUUAUCUCUACUACUGGAUUCUCUCCAAAUCUCACAGUGAACGAUGCAGCCGUAGAAGCACACACAAACUCACCCUGGGUUCCUGAAGUGACAUCUGCAUUGGUGACCGAACAGUGGACUUUUACAGAAAGCAGCAAUGCUACCGAAAUCGUCGAUACCAAACAAUCGACGGCUUCGGAUCAAUAUGUCUCAUACUCUACGGAAGAAAUAAUGAAAAAUUCAACAAAAACGACAACCACCAUUGCUAGUUCAACUACUACUGCUUCUACUACUACAACUACUACUGCAACAACAUCAUCUAGCAGUUGGAUUCCGUCCCAACCAGCCACGUACAAUGUGGCCGCUAAGGUUACGGUUGAACCGGAGCUGGAGCGAACGCAAACGGAUGCCCUGUCAUUCAUCUCUGAAACCGUAACCAGUGAAACACUUCAAACCGUUCCAACUGUACCGCUUGACAUUAUAAGACACGACAACUUGACUGUCCGAUGGAAACCACCGAUUUAUUCAGACAAUCAAACCGGAAGCUGUACGGAGUGGGCAAUAUGCAAAGGUGUCGAAUCACUGUUCAGCAAUAAACCUAUUAGUUCCAGUUCCGUUCAAGUUGACACUAGCCAUAUAUGGGAUGCUCAGGUGACCGCCUCUGAACUGCCUGAGCCAGAUUCACAUGAUCAGUGGCUUGUUAACCGGUUGGCCACGGUCUUUAGUGGUGAUACGUCCACACUGGCUAUCAUUCCACUUCAACUUAACCAUACAGAAGCAAUUUGGACCAAAACAGCUGCAGUGGAGGAACAACGCAUGGUUAAGCUGCCUAGUACCGACACGUGUCAACUCUUCUGGCAAUUUGCUACUGCAGAUUCGGUCCGUGUGAGAUGGGUCUCGUUGAAACACGAUGCAUUAUGUGCUUCCGAUUUGGAAAAACUACUUCAUCAACCGGUACGCAAUAUAAAUUUCUGCCUGGCGCAAGAUGUGUGCGGAGCGCUCAACUCAGAAGGUUUCCUCGUAUGUAGCUCGGAUCGGGACCCCAGGUCACUCCUAUUUGGACACGUACAAGCAACAGAACCGUGUAGCAACGGGGAACGUAAACUAUGGAAUUAUCGGUUAACCUUACCAAUCCUCUGA